CAUCUAAGAAAUGGACAGAAAAUUAGGGCCAAUGGCCUAUCAAGCUUCCUGUGCCAAGAAGCCCUUAAUCUCACUCUCACUCUUGUCCGUCUGUCCGAUCCUUCUACUAGUAAAUUUGGCCGUCUCAUCAAUAGUCUGCUUGAGUUCGGAUUCGUAACUCCUGGCUACCUAAAUUGCCUCUCUCAGUGCUGGCUGAUUCAAUACUGUGAUCGCCACAAAUGGGGCUCACAAUCUAACAAGAUUGUAACUAACUCUCGACGCUUACAGCUCAUUGCCCGCCUCAUACUUCAUCCUGUAUUUUCCCUAUGUGCUUCAUUCUCAUCCUCAGGUCGACCUGGCUGCCGCAACAGUCUACAAUAUUCAUGUUUAAAAUUUCCAAGCACUUUGCACCCGACCUGUCGUAAGUCAAAAACCAAUUAUCUCUGUCGUUACAAGCCAAUACUCAGCUGUAGUAUUCGAGGCCUCUUAGGACUUGAAUCUAGAUCUCGAGCCCGAUCUUGGAUAGAAACCAAAACGAAUUGGAAUUCUAGAUUGAAAUCUUUUUCCUCGCGUCGGCUUUCCACUGCCCCUUUGCAGUGUCUUAUCCACUUGAUGGUAGUAAUCAUUCUACGACCAUGGGGCUGGCGUAUGCCUCUGCUGGACACCGGUGAAUUGCGGCGUUAUCUAUCUCAACAACAACGUGACGUUGUAGCUUCUAACUUAGCCAGAUUGGCUCUCUUCCGUGCCUCAUGCUUUGAUUCUAACUUAGAGCAACUCUCAGUGCCCCAUAAAUUUGGAGAGACUCGCAAGCCCUCAGCUGCAGUCUGCAUUGUGCCCGACUAUGCCAGACCUGGUUUGGAAUAUUCUCCAGUCAGUAUCUGGUUCGCUCGGGUGCGGCGUCGCCUCUCAGUUCUGUCUUUUUAUCCUCGCACUUGCCAGGCUGUGCUAUUCGAUGCAAUCGUCACUUUUCCACAGAUUGGACAGGAGACCACUGCCGUCCAAAUCCUCGCUGAGCAGGUGCUGCCUUGGAUAUCGCCUUCCGAGUGUGACUACACUUACUUACCAGUUCAUAGUGUCCCCUGGAACCCGCUUCCCUUGCAUGGAUUGCUAAAAUGCCCUCAAUUUUCAACUGUGAUAGCUGACUUUCUUCCGACACUUUUGACAUCUUUGAUUUCCCGAGCCGUUGGUAUCGACAAGCCGCGGCUGACGGCUUCUGAAUUUGUGAAGCAGAUCUCCUCAUAUCGCUCAGAUAGCUUAUCAGGUCCUGGCCUAUUCCAGUUGCUUCUUCUCAAUUCUGCGCGUGGCCUCCUCGACGCCGGUCACUUGCUAUCUGAAGUGGCGUCAUUCCUUGUUGCGAUUCACUCCUCCCUACUCUCUACGUCAUCACCUUCAAGUGUUGAGAAUAUCCAAAUAGACGCCGAGGAGGCUUCCGAGUUUGCUUUGAAUACAGAUCGCGAUUCUCUGGAGAUGUUGCAACGCAGUCUUGCUCAAGCUUGCAUUAAGGUAGCCGCUGUAUGUCUGCCGAUGACGACUGAUUCUCCUUCCUUCCAGCUCGGCGUUGGCUCUCUUCGCUUUUUGGCCAUUCGAGCAAUUCGCUGUCGUCUACGCGUCUAUCUUGACCUGCGCUGGAGCUCGGCUGAUGCAGCUUUAACUCGGAUAAGGCCUAUCUGGGGCGGCAUAUCCAGUCUGUUAAGGACAAAAUGUUUACCACUUCCAGCUUCAGACUUGGCUGCCCUUAUUCGGUUUCCUUUCAAAUAG